AAGGAUGGGAGGAGCGUUCGCCUACGGAGAGAUCGUAGUCUCCGGUGGGAAAUAGGAUUUGUGUGAGGAGCAGUUGUGAACUGCGGCUGCAAAGCAGAGUUUGCGCCCGUGGGUGGAAUUAAAAAUUGGGCAACAGCUCAAGGUCGAAAGCACCAGGUAUCCAUAAGAGGCCGGAUUUUGAUAAUCUAACUCCCUAAACCACCAAUAAAAUAGCUGAAUUUAACGGCGUAAUAGUCGUAAUACUGAUGAUUGAAAGACAGAACGAUUUUCCAAUUAAAGUGAAUCAAGGUUAGAUGGGCGGAGCGUUCUGUAGCGAUAGACACACUUUUAGACCAAUGAUCAGGUCAAUUCCAGCAAGCAGGCGAGAUCUUUAGCUGAGCGACAGAUCAAAAGAACCAGUGAUCGACGUGAUAUUUGAGCGGCGCCCAAUUGGGAGGGCGGACUCGCCUGGAGAAGCGCUGGGAGGCGGGACGAGGGGAAGUGGGCGGAUCUCCGCACACCCCGGCGGAAGAGGCAGAUUCAGGAAGCCAUUACGCAGCUGGCUGGCAGCGCCUGGACCGGUCGGGAAUGGGCCCUACGCACUUUGCGUAGCGAGGGGGGUUACCGAAGGUCCGGUGCUUGGCCUCCGGCAAGCCCGGCUUAUCCCCUGUAGGGGGGGUGGGUGAGGGGUGAGGCUGAGGAAGAAGAGAAGGGGAAUUGGGGCGGUUGAGGGGAUUAUAAUUUCUUUACAAGGAGGGGUCAGGAGAGGCCAUGGCCGUCCCAGCCAAGAAGAGGAAGAUGAACUUCUCUGAGCGAGAGGUAGAGAUCAUCGUGGAGGAGCUGGAACUGAAGAAGCACCUACUGGUGAACCACUUCAACGCCGGGGUCCCUCUAGCUGCCAAGAGCGCGGCCUGGCACGGCAUUCUGAGAAGGGUCAACGCUGUGGCCACCUGCCGCAGGGAGCUGCCUGAAGUCAAGAAGAAGUGGUCUGACCUCAAGACAGAGGUCCGCCGAAAGGUUGCCCAGGUCCGGGCAGCCGUGGAGGGUGGCGAGGCCCCAGGGUCCACUGAGGAGGAUGGAGCUGGUGGGCCUGGGACAGGUGGUGGCAGUGGUGGCGGUGGCCCAGCUGUAGCCCCUGUACUGCUCACCCCCAUGCAACAGCGCAUCUGCAACCUGCUGGGCGAGGCCACCAUCAUCAGCCUGCCCAGUACCACAGAGAUCCAUCCUGUGGCCCUCGGACCCACGGCCACUGCAGCCGCAGCCACGGUCACCCUGACACAGAUCCCCACAGAGACCACCUAUCACACGCUGGAGGAGGGGGUGGUAGAGUACUGUACGGCUGAGGCCCCCCCGCCCCUGCCGGCCGAGGCCCCCGUGGAGAUGAUGGCCCAGCACGCUGACACCUCCGUCAAGCCACAGGCACUCAAGAGCCGCAUCGCCCUCAACUCGGCCAAGCUGAUCCAGGAGCAGCGGGUCACCAACCUGCAUGUGAAGGAGAUCGCCCAGCACCUGGAGCAGCAGAACGACCUGCUGCAGAUGAUCCGCCGCUCCCAGGAAGUGCAGGCCUGCGCCCAGGAGCGCCAGGCUCAGGCCAUGGAGGGCACCCAGGCGGCCCUGAGCGUCCUCAUCCAGGUCCUCCGGCCCAUGAUCAAAGAUUUCCGCCGCUACCUGCAGAGCAACACACCCAGCCCCGCCCCUGCCUCUGACCCUGGACAGGUGGCCCAGAAUGGGCAGCCGGACAGCAUCAUCCAGUGAGGGCGGGGGUCACGCCAGCCUUCUCCUGUGAUUGGAUGACACCGCAGUGGUCUUGUAAGUGGGUUCUGUGAUUGGCCUUAGGCUAGGGCCACCCAUGUGGACAGCUCCCUCUUUGGUAGACAUUUAGGGGUCCACUGUUUCUGAGAAGUGAAGAAGACUGGGAAGAGCUUGUGGAGCUCCUGGGACCCCAUUCUCUUACCCCCACCGCUUGAGCUGCCUUGCUAAGAACUCGAAGAUUGGUUGGGUGGAGGGUCAGGUGCUCGUGAUGGGAUAUGUGGUGUCAUGAGCCAGGCCUUGUGACGUGACCCAGGCUCGGUCUAGAACAACUGUAAGGAAGGCUGUCACUGGGGUCGUGUCACAGCCAGGAGUGUGUGCUGCAGUGCCCCCCUGGCAGGUGCCAUCCUCUUGAGUAAGAUAAUGUCAGCAGUGCUGGCAGUAGCACAAUAAUAUCUUCUUCCUCCCUUGGGAGGCAGAGUGACUGGGCCUGAGGAGGAACCCCACCUUCUUCUCCUUCUCACUGUGCCUCAGUUCUCAGGGGACUAUGCCGAGCUCUCUCCCUACCCCACCCCACCACGCCCCGGGCACAGCAGGGUCCCUUGUUAGUGCCCCGGGCUGCCCCUGCAAUAUACCCAGGACACAGCCCACCGGGCCCAGGAAUGCUGUGUGUGGUGGGGACAGCUCGGCCGCCAUCUGGUCUUCCACUGCAUCCCCGGGCAGCCUUUUGGCAGUUUGUCCCGACAGCUUUUGACUCAGGUCAAGCAUCAGGCUUUGGGUGCUGUAAAUUUUUGAGAAAGCAAACCAGUGUGGAGACUUGUUGGCCCACUGCAGUGGGUCUGAGGUGACCUGUUGGCUCCUUCCAGAAGGCUUGCUUCAAGCCAGUUGUAUUUAUUCGGCAGUGAACCUCUCCUGGGAAGGCCUCCAGGAGAUCCGAGGGCAGCUCUGGCCACACCCUUCCUCCUUUCCUCUCUACCGACUGCACAUUUCCAAAAUCAGUGCAAAAAACUCUUGCUCAGCAUCGCACCCGGACUCCCUUCACACGUUCCUCAGCGCCUUGUGUUCUCGAGAGACCCUACUGACUGGCUGGGGGAAUCUGGAGGCCUGAUUGGCCCUGAAUGUCUGAGGUGGAGAGUUGAAGCCGCCCUAAGAAGUGGGACCUUGGACUUCUGUGCUCGGGGAAGAGUAGACACACCUCGGAGUGCUGAAGGAGGUGGUGUUCCCUGUUCCGUUUGGACUAUCUCUCCUUGUUUGCAGGGAGCUUACCCCAGAUGGCAUGUGUCUGUUUCAUUUUCAGAAUCGCCGUCGAUUACCAAGACCCUUGCAUCUUCUCAGAUCAUUUCCCACGUUAGCCAUUUGCUGCUGGUGCCUUGGCCACACGUGACCAAUGGUUACAACUCGAGGCUCUGGAUCUCGGCUAAACAUGAAGGUGCUGCCUUUCUGGGCAUGUAUGUUUAGAAUUGCUCAGCUUCACUGUUGCAAUCAUGGGAAGAUGCCCCCAAAGAUGGUUGGGAGGUGACUGCUGGACCACCAGCCUCUCUGUGGGGGACGCGUGCAGUACCAGCUACGGAGCAAUGGAGAGGAAUCAGGCCGGUGAGGGAGUCGGGUGGUGGAAGGAAAGCCUGUCUCAAGGCGGCUGGAAAGCAGCAGCCCCUGGCAGCCUGGACACCCCCGUUCCAUGGAGCCUGAUGGCUCCAGAGGGUUGCUACAGGGGCUUCCUGAGGAUUUGUGACUUGGUUUGGUUUUUCUCUGGGGUUGGCAAACUGAGCCAAUAUUGUGUCUGUUCCCAUGGGGUAUAAAGAGGAAGCCUGAGUCACUUAAACUGACUGAUUCUUUCCAGGUCAUAAUUUUAAAUUAAAGAAAUAUCACUUUUUUAUACA